GGAAAAUGUAAACGUACAGUGGUCACAUAUUAUAUACGAACUUACGUGCAUUUUCAUUUAAACGUUACUCAUCAAGUGUUAGAACCUAACGCGACCUAAUAAUUUUAUUCUGUGUUCAUUAACCAUAACUGUUUGGUUGAAAACUGUUAGCAAUACAGUAAAAGUGAUACGGUAACAUAUGGCGUAGAACCAAUGGCGAGUGAUGAGUGAAUACUACAAAGAGCAGCAUCCAUUAUUAUGUGAGGAGAUCUCGGAUGAGGAGUACUACAGUCCUCGAUACCACCGAAAUAUACGUUCCUCCAAUUACAGAGGACGCCCCAGACACAGCCUGAACGGAGCUGCUUCAAUCAUAACCCGGUGGCCAGACCAUUGGUCGUCUUUUCUCGCAUACUGGUGGAUAGGUCUCGGAAUGAUUAGUCUAACAACUUUUAUCAUUUACAAUAGUCUGUUUGCGUUUUCCAUGAUACCGACUGCUAACACGAAACCUUCUAGUCUUAUAUUAGGCAAAAGUAUUGAAAAAUCAGCCAGAAGCACCUCCUCCUUAUUGCCUGAUGUGUUCAUGCAUGUUUUUGUCAAACAUAAUGAAGAAAUAAACUUAAAUCAAUACGUUCCUUACAUAGAAGAACUUGCAAGUAAAUACCCUAAUCUAAAAUAUCAUUUGGUUGUCGUGGUUAAUGAUACCAACCUAAGUUGGUUGAGUGCCGAAGAAAAUAACGAAUUAGCACUUAACUCGCUAUGGAAGAAGGAACAGAAAAAAGAGCCUUCCAAGGCUAAUAUUGCCAUUGAAUACGUUACAAUGACAUCCUAUAUGCAAAAUUCGCCUUUAAGAAAACACUGGAGAACUUUACCCAAUCAACUCAUUGAAUUUUUAGCUCGCUCUGUGUCAAUCUGGGAGAAAGGAGGAAUAGCUUUCAAUCCUGUUAUUUUGACUCCUAAGUCUCAGCGUUUUAUUUAUACUGAAAAAAUAAAUAAGUUACUUAAUAAAUAUUCAGACCGUAGUAACGUUCCCCGUGAUAUUAAAAAUAAUAGUAAACCACGUAAAACUAUAAAGAAAGAAAGAAAAUUAAAUAACAUACGUGACAUAAUACACGCCUUAGAAAAUGACGACGAAUCCGUGAAUGCGUUUUCUGAACAAACUUUAACAGAGGCUGAAAACAUCAAAUCACAAGUUGUAACAAGAAACGACCAUUACAUAAAUGGUGAAAUAGACACGACAAUUAAAAAUGAGUCGGAAAAAGCCAGUAAGACGCUCAAUGUCUUUGAAAAUUAUCCCCAUAAAAAUUCAUUCCGUAUUGACGGUGACACUAAAGAACCAAAACAUCGUGUUGGAAUGAAUAAUAGUACUGAAUCAACUGUAUCUGUAGGUGCUAGUCAGAAUACCACAAAGUUGAGUCUAUUACCUUUAUUUUUAGAGUUUAUAUUUCAUAAUAAACUUAAUGCUAAACCUAGCUCAACAGAGACAACGACAUUAAACAGGACGCGCAAAAGUGUAAUAGAGAUACCUAAAUCUGGAGUUACUAAAAGUUCAUUGUCAGCACAUUCUUUGGAUAAAAUAGACAAAAAAAUGGAUGAUACCUACAAGCCAGUCAUCGUAUCGGCAGCAGAAAUAUAUAAUAAAUCUGAGUUUAUGAAGCCUUUCGUGGGACCUCCUGGUACUAAACUAGAUGAAAUUUUAGAGCAAAGUCGUCUUACAAUCGAUUUGAAAGGGAACAUUAUAGCAACUGAUAUACCAUGUCAUGCAUUUUUAGGCACAAUAUUUAGCAAUGCUGCACAUCAUAGACAAGAAGAAAGUGUUACUGACUUUAUAAUUGCUGAACUAACACUAUUUUGUAAAGGACUUUUAUCUUCGUGUAUGGGUAUUGAUUUGAUUUUAAUAUAAUUGUUUUAA